AUGUUGCGGGUAGAUCUAGAGAUAAUGAAAAAGAAAUUCAUUACUAGAGGAUAUCCUAAACAAUUGGUACAGGAUGUAAUGAAUUGGGCAAAGGAGGUUGAUCGAGAUGAAGUGUUGACACAACAAGAUCGAGUGGAUGAUGGCCAGAAGAGAGAGAAGAACUUUCUGUUUCGUUUCUUGUUCCUGAUUCCAGCGAUGACGGCUGCUGAACUGAGAGACGAGCUGAGCUGCUCCAUCUGCCUGAGCAUUUAUACUGAUCCGGUAUCCCUGCCCUGUGGCCAUAACUUCUGCCGGGGCUGCAUUGGGAGAACAUGGGACACCCAGGAGGAGACUUUCCUUGAAAGUCCUUCUUGCCCUGAAUGCAGACAGAGAUGUCAAAGGAGAACUGAACUGGCAACAGCCUGGAAGCUGCGUGGCAUGGUGGAGCGGUUCUGUCCGACUGAGACAGAGCCGGGGGAGACUGGGAUCUUCUGCACUUACUGUCUCCUCUCUCCUGUACCUGCUGCUAAAUCCUGUCUCCAGUGUGAGGCUUCUCUGUGUGAUACCCACCUGAGGGGGCACUGCCAGUCAGCAGAACAUGUACUCACUGAGCCCACCGCUUCCUUUAUGGGGAGAAAAUGUUCUGUACACAAUGAGCCCCUAAAGUAUCACUGCUGUGAGGACUCUGCCUGUAUCUGUGCAUCCUGCUGCCUGGCCGGGGAGCACCGGGGCCACAGGGUGGAGCUGCUGAGUGAGGCCUCUGAGAAGAAGAAAGAGAAACUGAGGAAAGUUCUGGAGAAACUGAGCCCAGAGAGAGAGGAGACUGAGAGAGGAGCCCAGAGGCUGCAGGAGCGCAGGAGAGAAGUGGCAGAAGCGGCAGCCGGUGAGACAGAGAGAGUCACUGCCCUGUUUAGGGGCAUCAGGGAAGAGCUGGAAGCCCUAGAGAAGCGACUCCUGAGUGACAUCUCCAGGCAGAAAGAGGAGCGCUCACUCACACUCACUGAGCUGAUCCAACAGCUGGAAAUAAAGAAGGAUGAGCUGUCCUGGAAGAUCCGUCACAUUGAGGAGCUGUGCAACAUGGCAGCUCCACUCACUGUCCUACAGGAACAAUGGGAAUCCCAUGGAGCUGCCUUUUGUGGGGCUGAGGGGGCAGAUACUGAGGGCAGAGAGAGUGAGGAUACUGAGGGGGCAGAUACUGAGGGCAGAGAGAGAGAGGAUACUGAGGGGGCAGAUACUGAGGGCAGAGAGAAAGAGGGUAUAAAGGUCCCGGCUGUAGGGAAUCUGGAUGUGGGUUGGAUCUCAGAGACAUUACUCACAGGCUUAGCUGGGAUUGUGACUGGGGUAGAGGGAAGGGUGAUCCCUGGGCAGGAGGCUACAGAGCUGGUACUGGAUAUAAACACGGCUGGGAAUGAUGUAUCUGUAUCAGGGGACGGGAAAUCUGCUUCCUACUCACAUACAGACCAGCGUCGCCCACAAACCCCAGAGAGAUUUCAGGUUCCUCAGGCUUUAAGCACCAGGAGUUUCCCCUCAGGGCGACAUUACUGGGAAGUGGAGGGCAGUGAAUCAGGGGGCUGGGGGGUAGGGGUGGCCUAUCCCAGUAUAGAGAGGGGAGGGGGUCAGUCCUGCAUUGGGAAUAAUAACAAGUCCUGGUGUUUGUACAGAGGGAAUAAUAACUAUACAGUGAGACAUGAUGGAAAAGACACACAGUUACCCCACGUCCCUUCCUGCAGGAGAAUCAGGAUCUCAUUGGACUAUGAGGCCGGACGCCUGUCCUUUUAUGAGCUGAGUGAGCCAAUCAGGCGCUUACACACCUUCACUGCCUCCUUCACUGAGCCCCUUCAUGUUGCAUUCUGGGUAGGGUGGGGAGGUGCCAGUGUGAGAAUCAUUAGUUAGGGCCCUGCCCACUGCCCAGCAGCAACCCCAUUCCCAGAGCUGCCCUUAGCCCUGUGAUGCCAGGAAAGGAAGGGGGUGCAGGACUCAGUGACUGGGGUGCCAUUAUAACUACACAAUACAGUGGGUGCAGGGUGCAUAGAUGUGUAUAUGUGUAAUUACUGCAGGGAAGCAGCUCUGACUCACACAGGGGGUUAUUAUGUUGGGGUGAAACCCCCCAAACUGUUCUUUGGCUUCAGCUGAUUCUUCUUAUUCUUAGCGCCCCCAUAUUCUAAACGCUACUCCUCGUACAGUUUUAGGGGUAC